AAAAGCAGUUGUGUUACGCUCGCGGUUAUACUCGUAAGUGAUUAGACUGCAGCGAUGGCAAGAACCAAGCAGACCGCUCGUAAAUCCACCGGUGGUAAAGCCCCGAGGAAGCAGCUCGCUACUAAAGCCGCCCGGAAGAGCGCCCCAGCCACCGGCGGCGUCAAGAAGCCCCACCGUUACAGGCCCGGGACCGUGGCUCUCCGAGAGAUCCGCCGCUAUCAGAAGUCCACCGAGCUGCUGAUCCGCAAACUGCCUUUCCAGCGUCUGGUGCGAGAGAUCGCUCAGGAUUUCAAGACGGACCUGCGCUUCCAGAGCUCCGCUGUCAUGGCCCUGCAGGAGUCCAGCGAGGCUUACCUGGUCGGCCUGUUCGAGGACACCAACCUAAACUUCAUCAUCAUGUCUGGAAGAGGCAAAGGCGGUAAAGGACUCGGGAAAGGAGGCGCUAAGCGUCACCGUAAAGUGCUUCGCGAUAACAUCCAGGGAAUCACAAAACCCGCCAUUCGUCGUCUAGCUCGCCGCGGCGGAGUCAAGCGCAUCUCCGGUCUGAUCUACGAGGAGACUCGCGGUGUGCUGAAGGUGUUCCUGGAGAACGUGAUCCGCGACGCCGUCACCUACACCGAGCACGCCAAGAGAAAGACCGUCACCGCCAUGGACGUUGUGUACGCGCUCAAACGACAGGGACGCACCUUGUACGGCUUCGGAGGAUAAACCGCCACAGAUCCGAGAACAAACCCAACGGCUCUUUUAAGAGCCACCCACACUCUCACUUAAAGAGACA